AUGUCUCGGCGCAAGCAGGCCAAGCCCCAGCACCUCAAGUCGGACGAGGAGCUGCCGCUGCCGGACGGGGCUCCGGAGCACGGUACCGCGGGGGACGGCGCCGAGGGCGCGGACAGUGGGACCGAGAGCCGCGGCGGCGGCGGCGGCGGUGGCGGCGGCGGCGGCGAGGACAGCAACGUGUGCGCCAAGUGCUGCGCCGCCUUCUUCCAGUGGGCCGACUUCCUGGCGCACAGGAAGGCCUGCACCCGCAGCCCGCCCGUGCUCAUCGUGCCCGGGGACGCGCCCGCGCCGCCCGCCGCCGACGGCCCCGCGCCCUCGCCCGCCAGCUCGCCCGGAGACCGCAGCGACAGCGAGGCCGCCGACGAGGUGGCCGCCGAGGGCGCGGACGGCGCCGACGUGAAGGCUGCGGCCGCGGAGGACGGCGAUGAGCCCAUGGACGCCGCGCCCUCGGGGGACGCCCCCAAGGCGCCCCUGCCGCCGGCCCCCGAGCCGGCCCCCGCCGCCGCUUACGGCUUCCCCAACACCAACGUGACCCUAGAGACGCUGCUGAGCACCAAGGUGGCCGUGGCGCAGUUCUCGCAGGGCGCGCGCACGGCCGGCGGCGGCGCGGGCGCGGGCGCGGGCGUGGGCGCCGUGGCCAUCCCCAUGAUCCUGGAGCAGCUCGUGGCCCUGCAGCAACAGCAGAUCCACCAGCUGCAGCUCAUCGAGCAGAUCCGCAGCCAGGUGGCCCUGAUGCACCGCCAGCCCCCGCGGCCCGCGCUGAACCCCACGGCGGCUCAGGGCGCCCCCACGGCAGCACCGGCGCCUGGCCCGCUGCCAGGGCUGGCGGCGCCCCCGGGCCUGCAGCUGGCGGCCGCUGUAGGCCCCGCGCCCGCUGCUCCGCCCUCGGCCCUCGAGGCCGCCGCGCACCUGCCGCAGCCCGCGUGUGCGGCCGCUGGCUCCGGGGCGCCCACCGAGCCGGUCGGGCCCUCGGCCUCCGGGCCUGCGCCCGCCUCGGCCACGCCCACCCCGGUGUCCAGCACGGCGGCCAGCGCCUCGCAGCCACAGAAUGCCUGCACACCGCCGGCCCUGGGCCCCGCGCCCCUGGCGGGUACGGCCUCGCUGCCAAGCGCGCUUCUACCUCACACCUCCUCCGGCAGCGUCAUCUUCCCCAACCCGCUGGUCAGCAUCGCGGCCACCGCCAACGCCCUGGACCCGCUGGCGGCCCUCAUGAAGCACCGCAAGGGCAAGCCGCCCAACGUGUCCGUGUUCGAGCCCAAGGCCAGCGCCGAGGACCCCUUCUUCAAGCACAAGUGCAGGUUCUGCGCCAAGGUCUUCGGCAGCGACAGCGCGCUGCAGAUCCACCUGCGCUCCCACACGGGCGAGCGGCCGUUCAAGUGCAACAUCUGCGGGAACCGCUUCUCCACCAAAGGGAACCUGAAGGUGCACUUCCAGCGGCACAAGGAGAAGUACCCGCACAUCCAGAUGAACCCCUACCCCGUGCCCGAGUACCUCGACAACGUGCCCACCUGCUCGGGCAUCCCCUACGGCAUGUCGCUGCCCCCCGAGAAGCCCGUGACCACCUGGCUGGACAGCAAGCCCGUGCUGCCCACGGUGCCCACGUCCGUGGGGCUGCAGCUCCCGCCCACGGUCCCCGGCACCCACGGCUACGCCGAGUCCCCCAGCGUCACCCCCGGCAGCCGCUCCCCGCAGAGGCCCUCCCCCGCCCCCAGCGAAUGCACCUCUCUGUCCCCGGGGCCGAGCCACCCUGAGCCGGGCGUCCCCGGGACGGCGGCGGCGGUGGUGGCCGCCGAGUCCCCGCAGCCGCUCCUCAGCGGGGCGUCCCUGAGCAAGAGCGAGCCUGCCAGCCUGGGCCUGCCCUGCGCCAGCGCCAGGGCCGGGGACCCCGCGGCCGCGUCCCCCUCCGCGGCGGGCGCAGACGGCGCGGCCGCCAGCCUGGGCAGCCCCGGCCUCCCGGGCGUCUCCGACCCGUUCAAGGCGCAGUUCCCUUUCGGAGGCCUGCUCGACUCUAUGCAAACGUCCGAGACCUCGAAGCUGCAGCAGCUGGUGGAGAACAUCGACAAGAAGAUGACCGACCCCAACCAGUGCGUCAUCUGCCACCGCGUGCUGAGCUGCCAGAGCGCCCUGAAGAUGCACUACCGGACGCACACGGGCGAGCGGCCCUUCAAGUGCAAGAUCUGCGGCCGCGCCUUCACCACCAAGGGCAACCUCAAGACGCACUUCGGGGUGCACCGGGCCAAGCCGCCGCUGCGGGUGCAGCACUCCUGCCCCAUCUGCCAGAAGAAGUUCACCAACGCCGUGGUGCUGCAGCAGCACAUCCGCAUGCACAUGGGCGGGCAGAUCCCCAACACGCCGCCGCCCGACGGCCUCGCCGACGCCAUGGACGCCGGCGAGCGGGGCGCCGAGGCGCUGAGCGGCUGCGACGACGACCUGGACGACACCUCCAUGGAGGAGGACGCCGAGCUGAAGGACGCGGCCAGGCCGCUGCUGGCCUUCGCGGGCUCCUGCCCGCCCUCGCCGCCCUCCGUCAUCUCCAGCAUCGCCGCCCUGGAGAAUCAGAUGAAGAUGAUCGACUCGGUCAUGAGCUGCCCGCCGCUGCCCGGCCUGAAGGCCGUGGAGAACGGCUCCGGGGAGAGCGACCGCCUGAGCAACGACUCCUCGUCGGCCGUGGGCGACCUGGAGAGCCGCAGCGCAGGCAGCCCGGCCCCGUCCGAGUCCGAGUCCUCUCAGGCGCUGUCCCCGGCCAACAGCAACGGCGAGAGCUUCUGCUCCAAAUCCCCAGGCCUGGGCAGCCAGGAGGAGCCGCCGGACAUCCCGCUCAAGACGGAGCGGCCAGACAGCCCGCCGCCUCCGCCGCCACCGCCGCCAUCGGGCCCCGGGAACGGCGGCGCCCUGGACCUGACGGGCCACCCGGGCCGGCCGCCCAUCAAGGAGGAGCCCCCCUUCGGCCUGCUGUUCCUGAACCGCGAGCGGGGUAAGUGUGCAGGCGCCGCGUGCGGGAUCUGCGGCAAGCCCUUUGCUUGCAACAGUGCGUUGGAGAUCCACCGGCGCAGCCACACGAAGGAGCGCCCGUUCGUCUGCGCGCUCUGCAGGCGCGGGUGCUCCACGCUGGGGAACCUGAAGCAGCACUUGCUGACGCACAGGCUGCGCGAGCUGCCUGCGCAGGCCUUUGACCCCAACUUUGCUCUAGGUCCCGGCCUGGUCGCCAGCGCCACACCCGCCAUGGUCAAAAUGGAGGUCAACGGCCACGGCAAGGCCGUCCCGCUAGGUGAGGGCCCGCCGCUGCCGGCCGCGGUGCAGGUCCCCAGCGGGCCCCAGGCCGUGAUGAGCCCGGGCCUGGCGCCCAUGCUGGCCCCCCCGCCACGCCGGACGCCCAAGCAGCACAACUGCCAGUCGUGCGGGAAGACCUUCUCCUCGGCCAGCGCCCUGCAGAUCCACGAGCGCACCCACACCGGCGAGAAGCCGUUCGGCUGCACCAUCUGUGGCAGGGCCUUCACCACCAAGGGCAACCUCAAGGUGCACAUGGGGACACACAUGUGGAACAAUGCCCCCGCGAGGCGCGGCCGCCGCCUGUCCGUGGAAAACCCCAUGGCCCUGCUGGGCGGCGACGCCCUCAAGUUCUCGGAGAUGUUCCAGAAGGACCUGGCAGCCCGAGCCAUGAACGUGGACCCCAGCUUUUGGAACCAGUACGCUGCCGCCAUCACCAACGGGCUGGCCAUGAAGAACAACGAGAUCUCCGUGAUCCAGAACGGAGGCAUCCCCCAGCUCCCAGUAAGUCUCGGUGGGAGCGCCAUCCCCCCGCUGGGCAGCAUGGCCGGCGGCAUGGACAAGGCGCGCACCGGCAGCAGCCCGCCCAUUGUCAGUUUGGACAAAGCGAGCUCAGAGGCGGGGGCCGGCCGCCCGUUCACGAGGUUCAUUGAGGACAACAAGGAGAUUGGCAUAAACUAG